AUGAACGAGUUUGGCCUGGACUCCGUCGAGGAGGAUGAUGAGGACCCCUUUUGGGAUUUGACUGCCCCCUCUUCGGGUGGUACCCUCGACUUCUGUGGCGACAUCCCAGACGACGACUUGGACGCUAUUCUACAAACUGGAAGACCUGUUUCUACCAGCAAGAACAAUAGACGGGAUAGGGAACAAGGAAUAUCUUUUCUGGAUACCUUCAGACCCGUCACACCGAGCCAGACACAAGGAAGACUGAAUGGGAGCAGCACUCAGCUGCUUGAUCAAGAGGUGACAGACGCCGAGCUAGUGGACAUGGACGAAAUGAUCGACUUGGACGCCUUCUCCAUGACCCCUGGAUUAACACAUAAGUCCUCUGAAGCGCAGACUGGCGACAAAGGCCCGUCUGCAUUUUUGCCAUCUCAGUCAAGCGAUUCAACGAUCCCCCAAUUCGACUGGACACUCGAGCCCUCUAGGACCUGCUUCCAGUUGGCUGAUCUCAAGAUCUUGCGAGAGUCUAAACAGUUUGGAUCUUCACCCGCUACGGUGUUCGAACUGUUCGCCAGGGUCGUUCAUUCGGCGCGGGAGAACUUUGGGCAUCGACAAUACUUUCAGUUCCAGGAUCUGUUGAGGGCUGAGCCGCCGUACGCGACAGGCGUGCUUGCUGGGUGGGAGGCGGGAGGGCCUCUUGACAUUAUGGCGCAGGACUUCAGGGAGAUUCCGCCGGCUGGACGCAAAUGCUACUGCCGGUGCAGGCUGACCAGGGAAAAGAGAUCGCCAUUUGGCUGGGCGCUGGCCAUUGUCGAUGUUCAGGAGGCGACUUGGGCCAAGAUUCGACCGGUCAUGGCCGCAUUGGGCAAGGCACAUUUGCUCGAGCGUGCUGCUCUGGGAUGA